GCGUCGCCAAAAAGGUGAAUUUUACCGAUAUUCCUGUUGAUUCAUUGAUAUUAUGUCGCGUAAAAGUCGCAAGCAUUUAGAAAAGAUUCUACGAGUAGAAACACAAAUAACUUUGGUAACCUUUGGUGUUUCAAGCUUCACUGAAUAAGAUCAAAAUCAUGUCUGCUAAAGUGGACAUCAAGAAUGAUGGACAGUACGGRCAAACGUUUUUUCGAAUACAGAGGUACAUGGUCGGAUUUGUCGUUGGACGGGAACGCAAACACUUAUAUGAUAUCGAGCCAAAAACCGAUACCCGAAUAAAAACAUCGGACGUCGAUGAAAAUACAACAUGCUUUAUUAUUGGAGGCUAUAAUKCAGAAAAUCGUCUUAAAGCAAAGUUGGAACUUAAAAAAACCGCGGCAAAAUGCAAAAAAAGGAAUGAAGGUUUAGAUYAGCACUGGUUCCCCUUGAUCGAUGCCAAUGAAGGAAGAUUUGAGUUACAACCUUGCAGUCCAUGUAGUGCUGAAUUUUUCGGCAACAGUGUAAGACUAUCUUUAAAGGGGYCAUAUGAGGAUAAAAGUGCAAGUGGAAACUACGACUUUCUUUUGCAAGAGCUGGCGAACAUUUUGCAACGUAAUCAAGAAUACAACCGUAGUAGUAAUGUAUGGUGCCACUUUGGGAAAGUUCACAUCGAUUUUCAUAGCUUAGAAUAUGACGCCGACGAAUACACCUUUGACGAAGUUGCAAGACAUGUAUUACCUAGACGUCUGUUUGCUCGUGAAGAACUCAAAUGGCGCUUUAAGUUUGUUCCCGGUUUAAGUUUGACCGAAAAAGAAGUCACACAGCUUUAUAACGAAUGGUUUCCUUUGAAAUAUCAGAAAUGUGUUUCUUAUGAGCGCUGUGACUUUACAUUCCUAACACCAUCGUUCAACGAAUUGCGCUUGAAGAUAUUCAUUGUAGUUGACACUGACCGCUCCAAUGACUCACAAACUUUCUAUAAAAGUGCUGUAUGUCCUCAUGAAAUACACAGUGUCAUCAAGAGCUCCUACUCCCCUCCGUUCUUCUACAUCUGCGAGUCCACUCCUAAAACAGCUUUGGUUGACAUCUUUGAGCCUUCAACAGAAGUAGACAUUCGCUUAAUUACUGAAGCAAUACGUACAGAUUUUCAAUCUCGCCGAGCGAAAGACGACUUGUACUAUGAAGCAGCGAAUUUAUAUGAAUAUAAGUCAAAUCCAACUUGACCAUCAAUGAGCAAGGAAAAGCUAU